GUGGCCAUGGAUCACAUCUCGUCUGUAGGCUGGAGCCAUCGACUUGGUCGUACGAAAAUCGUACUGUACGAGGAACAAUCGUCUCCAGAGUAAUUUCGAAUCCAAAUCGGCUCCGGCGGGCGGCGGCCAUAUCUACAUCUCCACCCUUCCUGGAAACACAAAUCCUCGAGACAGCCAAGGCGAGAGCCCCAAUCUUCUUGCCCCCCUGGCCUCUGCCGUUAAAAAGAAAAAUACUUCUUGGCCCUGCGUCCGUUGACCUGCAAAGCUCCGCUCCCCAAUCUCUCUGCCCUCGCAGCAGGCAGCUCGGCGGCCAAUGGCGCAGGACGAUCCGGUUGUUUCUGCGCAAUGGCUGCAGCAGCACCUAGGGCAGCCCGAUAUCAAGGUAUUGGAUGCUUCCUGGUACAUGCCACAUGAGAGCAGGGACCCAUGGCAAGAAUACCAGGUGGCCCAUAUUCCCGGCGCGCUGUUCUUCGACAUCGAUGGAAUCGUCGAUCGGGCGACUGAUUUGCCACACAUGCUGCCAUCAGAAGAGGCUUUUGCAGCGGCUGUUUCUGCACUUGGUAUCAAUAACCAUGAUAAAGUUAUUGUUUAUGAUGGAAAGGGCUUCUUCAGUGCACCUCGUGUUUGGUGGGCCUAUAUGCAAAAACUGAUGAGUUUUAUGCGUCAUGCAUCAACUAAAAGGAUGUUCAGAGUUCUUGGACACGAUAAAGUUUGGGUCUUAGAUGGAGGUUUCCCUCAGUGGCAAGCUUCUGGAUUCAGUCUUGGAAGCAGCUGCCUUGAUGAUGCAGUUCUGAAGUACAGAGCUGCUAAUAGUGCUGUUGAAUCAGCUUAUAAUGGUGAAUCGACAAAUGCUGCUACAUUUCAGACAGAGUUUCGACCUCAGCUAUUCUGGACACUAGAAAAGGUCAAACACAACACAGCUGCUAAGGUUCACCAAGUAGUUGAUGCCCGAGCGAAGGGCAGAUUUGAUGGCGUAAUGCCAGAACCAAGGGAAGGAGUAAGAAGUGGGCAUAUACCUGGAACUAAAUGUGUUCCAUUCCCUGAGAUGUUUGAUAGUGCACAAAUGCUCCUCCCUGCAGAUGAUUUAUCAAAUAAGUUUGAGCAAGCAGGGAUUUCGCUUGAUCACCCGAUUGUCGUCACAUGUGGAUCUGGCGUAACUGCCUGCAUACUUGCCCUGGGGCUCUAUAGAGUCGGCAAGCAUGACGUUCCAGUUUAUGACGGAUCUUGGACAGAAUGGGAAGCGCAGCCCGAUAGUGAUUACCCAAAAGUUGCUUCAACUUCCCCUUAAAUCAACCAUUCUGUAGUGAUGAAUGCAGGUGUUGCAUUCUGCAGCAUUCAGCUCAGUCGUCAUCACAAUGAUACUUCUCUGUAGCAAACCUUGCACCAAAGUCGGUACAAAGGCUAUAGGGGAAAAGGGAGAUACCUAUUGUACAUGGCCAAUGGCUAUAGGCCGAUAACGUGGAAAUCCUGCGGCAAUUUUUGGGAGCUCAACAUUAAUUUUGCAAUAAUGUUGUACUUAACGAAAUCUUCAUUUGAAAACAAGAUUAUUCGUCUGAA